ACCACGACCAACGCGUUUUAAUCAUUCUUGUUUCCAAUAUUUCUGUAAAGGCAAUCAAGACUUUCGAGCUAGAUGUCGACAGGAUCGUCGGAACUAACUACCGCGGGUGAUGGUCUUCGUUUCGAUGAAAUGGAACUCACCUUAGGGUUACCAGGGGAUUCACACGAGCGAAAGUCUGGAACAAAACGGACGUUUAAAGAUAUGGUUGAUUUGAAACUUGGAAGGUUUGAAAGUCCGGAAAUCGAUGAAUCCAAUUGUGAAUCCUCUGAUUUUGAAUCAAAAUCCCCGGCAAAGGAACGAGUAAUCGGAUGGCCGCCAGUGAGAUCUUACAGGAAGAACACGAUGAUCAACAACUGCAAGUAUGUGAAAGUGGCGGUUGAUGGAGCACCGUAUCUUAGAAAAGUAGACUUAAAAUCAUGCACGAGUUAUCAAGAGCUUCUUCGUGUUUUAGAGGAGAUGUUUUCCUGCUUCACAAUCUAUAAUGUUUUGAAUGAGAAGAAGUUGAUGGAUCAUGGAAAUAGAUUAGAGCAUGUUCCAACAUAUGAAGAUAAAGAUGGUGAUUGGAUGUUAGUUGGUGAUGUUCCAUGGAAGAUGUUUGUCGAAACAUGUACGCGAAUAAGAUUAAUGAAAAGCUCGGAGGCUAUUACACAACUAGACAUAUCUAACGCACAUUUGCUACAAUUGUAGUAAUCUGGUCGAUUAUUACUUCAUUUUGCAAUGCGGCUCCAGGAAAAUUAUCAAGUUGUUGAAUCUCGAAUCGUUGAAUGAAAAAUGAUUGUUUGAUUUAUGUCGAAAUAGACCAGGAUUACAUUUAUAGCGAAAAUUGAUGAGGAAUACUAGAUAGGACUAGUAAGCAUGGUGUUUUUGUUUUGGAUCCAUGCAAUACGGUUUUUUUUUUGGAGAUUUUUUUUUAUGUAUUUGUACUUGGAUAUGUAGUAGUCUAACUAGAGACUAUAGGUUAAAAUGUAAUGUUUGAAUCAACAAAUACUAUAUACUUAUAA